AUGGCAGCGGCGACGGUGAACGGGUUGUGUGUGGAUCCGCUGAACUGGGCGGCGGCGGCUGCGGCUCUGGAGGGGAGCCAUCUCGACGAGGUGCGGCGGAUGGUGGCAGAGUUUCGGAGGCCGGCGGUGAGGUUGGGCGGGGAGAGCCUGACGAUAGCGCAGGUGGCGGCGGUCGCCGGCGGCAGCGCGGCGGUGGAGCUGGCGGAUGCGGCGAGGGCCGGGGUGAGGGCUAGCAGUGAGUGGGUGAUGGAAAGCUUGGACAAGGGGAGGGAUAUCUACGGCGUGACGACCGGGUUCGGUGCCACGUCACACCGGAGGACAAAGCAAGGCGGCGCUCUGCAGAAGGAGCUCAUUAGGGUCCUUAACGCCGGAAUAUUCGGUCACGGCACGAUGGACCCAACGCACACCCUGUCUCCCUCCGCCACACGCGCCGCCAUGCUUGUGCGCAUCAACACCCUCCUUCAGGGCUACUCCGGCAUCCGCUUUGAAAUCCUCGAGGCCAUCGCCAAGCUCCUCAAUGCCCAUGUCACACCCUGUCUCCCCCUCCGUGGCACCAUCACUGCCUCCGGCGACCUCGUCCCCUUAUCCUACAUCGCGGGCCUCCUCACAGGCCGACCCAACUCCCGCGCUGUCGGCCCGGACGGUCGAGCCCUUACCCCUGCCCAGGCCUUCUCUCUCGCCGACAUCAACACCGACGACACCUUCUUCAACCUCCGGCCCAAGGAAGGCUUCGCCAUCGUCAAUGGGACUGCUGUCGGCUCGGGACUCGCCGCCACCGCCUUGUACGAGGCCAACAUCCUUGUCCUUCUUUCCGUGGUGAUGUCAGCAAUCUUCGCCGAGGUCAUGAACGGGAAACCUGAGUUCACUGAUCACCUCACCCACAAGCUAAAGCACCACCCGGGCCAAAUAGAGGCCGCCGCCAUCAUGGAACACAUCCUUGACCGAAGCUCGUACUCGAAGGCCGCUCAAAAUCUCCACGAAACCGACCUAUUGCAAAAACCGAAACAAGAUCGAUACGCCCUCCGCACGUCUCCCCAGUGGCUUGGCCCGCAGAUUGAGGUCAUCCGCAUGGCCACGAAGAUGAUCGAGCGCGAGAUCAACUCGGUCAAUGACAACCCUUUGAUCGACGUAACAAGGAACAAAGCCCUACAUGGUGGGAACUUUCAGGGGACCCCAAUUGGGGUCUCGAUGGACAAUGUUAGGCUGGCAGUGGCAGCCAUCGGGAAGCUCGUGUUCGCACAAUUUUCCGAGCUCGUCAACGACUUCUACAACAAUGGUCUCCCGUCUAACCUUUCAGGAGGUCAGGACCCGAGUUUGGACUACGGGUUCAAGGGUGCCGAGGUAGCGAUGGCAGCGUACUGUUCGGAGUUACAGUUUUUGGCGAACCCUGUUACGAACCAUGUCCAAAGUGCCGAGCAACACAACCAGGACGUGAACUCGCUCGGGUUCAUCUCGGCGAGGAAGACGGUCGAGGCCUUGGAUAUAUUAAAGCUGAUGUCAUCGACCUACCUGGUCGCAUUAUGCCAGGCUGUCGACCUGCGCCACCUGGAAGGGAAUUUGCGAAUGGCGGUGAAGAACGCGGUCAACCAGGUCAGCAAGAAGACACUAACGAGGUUUUGUGAAAGGGACUUGCUGCAGGUCGUGGAUCAGGAACACGUUUUCUCCUACGCGGAUGACCCGUGCAGCGGGACCAACCCACUCGUGCAGAAGUUGAGGCAGGUGCUACUGGACCACGCGUUGAAGAAUGAGGGGACGCUGAUUUUACAGAAGAUUCGGGCUUUUGAUGACGAGCUUCGAGUCAUGUUGCCAAAAGAGGUGGAGGAAGCGCGGGCCUUGGUCGAAAGGGGGAGCCCUAUAAUCGAGAACCGAGUGAAGGAGUGCAGGUCGUACCCGUUGUACAAGUUUGUAAGGGAGGUGUUGGGGACCGAGUUUUUGACGGGAGAAAGGGAGAUUUCGCCCGGGGAGGAGUGUGAGAAGGUUUUUGGGGCCUUGAGCGAGGGGCUAAUUGUGGAUCCAUUGUUGGAGUGUGUUGAGGGCUGGGAUGGGAAGCCUCUUCCUAUAUGCUAA